CAUGCAUUUUGCUGAACCAACUAUAUGGUAGCGUCAUCUGUUACUUUAUCGUUGAUAAUGAACACUCCCAUUUUCUGCUCCUUCACCACAUGUCGAUCACAAGUUUCUUGACCAGUAAGUUUCCUCAGCUAAUAUAAAGUGCAAUUCAUUUUACAGUGGAUAUACAGGGCAUACUUCGGCUGUAAAUCGAUAUAUAUGCAUCAGGAGUUGAGGAAUAGCAGUUACGCGCUACUGGAGUUGGUAAGACGUUCAAGGAACUAUGGAGGCGGUAGUACAUGUUACCUCGGAACGAGUGAACGAAGAUGGUUCAUUGUUGGCGGUAGGAUAUUACACUGAUAUAAGCACAGACGUAACAUGGGAUGGAAAUACUGCAACUGAACAUCUAUUACUGAACGAAUGGAAUGGUACAGUCACAUCUGCAACGAAUGCUCCAGAAGGAGAUACUGAUGUUACACGGGUGUUACUUGCAAGUGUAGCCUUGUUGAUCAUUAAUUUGGCAGUUAUAAUUGGAAACAUUCUGGUAUUACUGGCUGUCUAUUGUGAACGAGCUCUUCGCACAGUUACUAAUUAUUUCAUUGUCAAUUUAGCGAUAGCUGAUCUACUUCUUGGAGCCCUAGUACUGCCGUUCUCGGGUGCCUUCGAAGUUAUACACUAUUGGCCUUUUGGAGGAACCUUUUGCGAUAUUUGGGCAGCUGUGGAUGUUUUGUGUUGCACUGCAUCAAUAAAUAGUUUGUGCUGUAUUAGUGUUGACCGCUAUAUCGGAGUUACUAAACCUUUAAAGCAUCGACUAAUAAUGACUCCAAGACGGGCUGUGAUGAUAAAUAUUUUCGUGUGGUUCAUAUCCUUUGGAAUUGCUGUCGGACCGCUGUUUGGAUGGAGACCCGUAAAAACAUCCGAAAUGGAGUGUCCACUGUCUGAUUCCAUCGGAUACGUUUUCUUCUCUGUUGCAGGAUCAUUUUACAUUCCGUCAGCUAUCAUACUUAUUCUAUAUUUUCGAAUUUACCGGGCAGUAUCACGGGAAACCAAAAGUAUACAAGACAGGUCUCGACAACGACACGGCAACACUGAAAAUGGGCGUGCUGGACAUGCCAUUCUCCGUAUUCAUGUUGGUAAUAAACGGUUCUCUGACAAAAAUUACAACCGAAGGGAAGAGAGUAUGUCUUCAGGUUCGUCAAGAUCCAGGAAUAUGUCGCAUAGAACUGCUACUUUCAACAGAGAAAAAAAGGUAGCAAAGACGCUUGGAAUUGUUGUUGGUGUCUUCAUCAUUUGCUGGCUGCCAUUUUUCUUUUUACUACCACUAAGAUCCGUUUGCCGAAGUUGCAAGCUGCCAGACGUUGUUUUCACCUUCUUCUUUUGGCUUGGCUACUGUAACAGCUUUGUCAAUCCAGUUAUAUACGGCAUGUCUAACCACACCUUUCGCAAAGCUUUCCGGAAGAUUAUCACGUGUUGGUAUUGUAAGGACCAUCGGAGGUCAAGGAGGACAUUCGGCUCAAGACGUUCCUCCAAUGUGUCUCGUCUUACUUCCAGCACACCAAUGUCCAGUCCAAUGAUAAUGAGCCGAGGUAAACGAUUUACAGCAAACACCCCACGCAAUGCGUUAAUAUUUCGCAGAAAGUCUACAUCAUCGAGAAAAUGUUUACAGCAGACAAGUGACAAACAGCAUCAAAUCCAGGAGGUAGGCCUACAGACAUCCAAUGCAGAGGUUAACCAGUUCAACGGAAACAAAAUCCUAUGUGAUCAGCCACUUACAAAUGAAAGUCACAGAAUGUCAACUUUUGAUAUAGAAUCAACUUACGGUGAUACUAGAAGUCUUAGAGCAUAUGAGCAAAGUAAACCUCAGGAUACCAGUCACACAAAACACUUUCCUGAUAAAAGACAUUGUCGAGGAAAUAGCAGGCAUAGCAUGUCUGAUAAUAGCAAUAAUAUUUUUGAUGACUUUUAUGAGCCAGUUGCAAAUUCAUUUUCCCAUUGUGAGCAAUCUCUGUUUUCCAGGACGGACGCGAUUAAAAGUCAACAGUCAUUAGAUCCUUCAGUUUGUUGUUCAGGUAUCUCCAAGCUGAACACAACGGUGAACUUCAAGCAAAUUACAGAGGCAGAAUUAUCAAGUAGCAUAUAUGAUUCCAGAGAGACGUCCGUUUGAUGUUGAUUUAACUGUGUCCAAUUUAAUUCUCUUUGGUUUGUAUCAAAUACGACAAAUCAAACAAAUACCGUGGAAAAGCUAAUAUCGAGUACUAGAAAUGGUGUUUAAUUUCAGUGUGCCCAUCAGCGAUUUUUGUUUAUUGGACAAGCAACAAAAAUAGGUUCACUGGAAAUUCAACAUAUGCGUAUCGUGGGGAAAAGAUGCUGGCCCGCUAGAAAAGGGGAAAAGAAAGAACGGAAGCAAAGAAAAGAACAACAAAGAAUAACAAAGAAGGAAAGGGGGAAAAUGAGGAAAGGGAAUGAAAAUAAUUGCGUGAAAAAGCUGGAAACUGGCCCCCUUCCACCACUGAGGUCAGUUUACUGUUGCCGAGUGAGUGUUUCUCUUAAAGAACUUUGCCCCUGUCUGACAACGUCCCUGCACAUGUCUCAUACAGAUACUGUUUCAUUUGUGCAGAUUUAAUGUUUUAUUCCUUUCGCGACUGGCGGCAGUGUUCAAUGCAUGCUGGAUCCUAAAACAAUUCUGCAAAUAUUUGCUUGGAAUGCUCAGCUUAUCAUAAAACUAAAACAAUGCUCGUUGUCGGAUAGAAGGGGUUGAGAGGAGGGCGAAUUUUGAGGCUAUUAAUUUUCCUUUCCUCUCCAAAGCGUAAGCCUGAAUAGCCCUAGAAUUUAGCCAUUCCCCAGACAAGCUCUAAAUACUACAAGUCCUUGGAUUUUUUUAUUCUUCCAUCAACCUCCCCUCCCCCCCCAAAAAAAAUGGUUCCGGAUCGACCCUCGUAAUAAUAUGUGGGCUUGUUCGGUGGCUGCACUUUUUUUAUACUACAAAAGCUAUAAACAACCCCUUAAGUAGGUUGGAUAAAACUGGAACAAGUCCGAAAGUACACUCAUUUCCAGAAUGCCAUUGUUUAGAAACAGCUUGACGUUGAAUGCUUGUAAAGGGUACUGUGAAUGUGGGUCUCCUUCGAGAUUGUGCAUUUAGUAACUUGCUUGUAUCUUCAGUUUAGUUCAUUGUUGAAAGGUAUGAUAGUGUAGUACUUUGAUUGACUUUUUUUUAUUGCGUUAGGGGUAUCAAGUUUAACUACAAACCGCAACUAGUUCAACCAAAAUACAAUAUAUCAAAGUCUUCCAAGCAGACAUUUAUGUAAUAGUUCUCCCAUAGGAAUUUUUUGCAACAGGGUUAAUUUCUGCUGUUAUUUAUUUUUGCUAUGUGCUAUUUUGACCCGCCAUCAUUUUUCCAAGGUGUUUUGCUAAUUAAACUUAUUGGAGGAGAAUUGAGAAUAUUUGUUUCGUAGCAUUUGCACAACCAUUUAGGUCGCAGUCUAAUCAGGUUUUAUCUUUGAAAAUAGAAAUGGGGGUGCAAAAUAAUGUUCAUUUUCAGGAAUUUCAUUUUAAACAUGAUUGCAUAGACACCACUUUAACUGUGAAUUGUAGAGCUCUUUUAAUUGGAAUAUUCCACAACUUAUAGGCACAAGGCGUUUUCCCAUUAUGAUGUCCAUGUAAAGUUCUGUAACACCUACAUCAAUGGCGUAUCCAGCGAGGGAUGGGGGUGACAACUUUCCCCCUACGUUUUUGUGCAAAAUCAUUUUUAUUUAUUUAUUUUUUCAACUGAGAAUACUUCAUAGGUGAGUAGAAAAGAAACUAACCAGUAUAUUUGAUUGUCAAAUAAAUAGGCUACAUUUUCCUCCCUAUAUUAUCAUGUUGAAUGCGCCCGAAAGUGAAUUUGGUUUGAGCCCCCCCCCCGACGCCGACAGCUGGAUACGGCACUGACCUACUGUACAUGCGUAAUCCGGAGCGUGAACGGCUGCUGCUUAAACAUGUACUGU